AUGAACCUUCGAUUCCUUACCAAGUUUACAGCAACCCAUGGCCUUGCAAACUCGUUCGAGUGCGGCAGCAUUUUGGCAAGACGGAAGAUCAUGUCCACCUUGGGGCAAAAUGGCAAGGCCCUCUCGACAUCUCACGAGAUUAUCCAAGGAAUCCGAGGCGUAGUCUGCCACAACAUGCGAUGCCAAGGCAGAACAAUCAACUGGUCCCCAUCAACGGAGCGUUCAUGUAUUCGAUUCUUCUCACCUCUGAAUCUCGAUAGAUUCAUGGAAGCCUUCUGGUAUUUUUGGUACCCAAACUGGCCAGUAUUCCACAAGGCGACUUUUAUUGCAGCCCAAAAGCCUGCUCAGCUGAUCGCUGCCCUGUCAUUAAUCGGGGCAUGUCUGAGCCCGGAGAAGACCGACCGGGAUCAAGCCAUGCUGUGGGUCGAGGCGGUAGGAGACUGGAUUCAUCACGAUGCAGACUUCUCUGAAGAUGCUGUCCCACAAACAGAUGAUGAAGCCCAGCUGUUGCAGCUUGAAUUACGACUCGAUAUGGUACGUGCAGCCUAUGCCAUCAUUCUCAUCAUGACCUGGGAAGGGAGUGAAAAGCAGAUGGCGGUGGCACGUAGGACCCGGUUCUCGCAAGUUGUUGGCGUUGCCCGCAGCCUUUUCUUUUUCCCCGUCACUCAGAAAAAGGUCUAUGGUGGCCCAGAUCCGAGCAAUCACUUUAGAAGAUGGAUGCUCUUCGCGUUGAGAGAAGAGUGCAUUCGCACACUCAUCUAUGUUUUCCUCCUCGACUGUGCUUUCGUCAUGUUCCACAACUCUGCUCCGCGCAUGGUAGUGAGUGAACUCCAGUUUAGUCUAGCCAUGCCUGAAGCAUGCUUCGACGCUCCGACCCCCGAGACGUGGUUGAGUCGUCUUGACGAAUGCUCUGAAUACCAGCAUGCCGAUCACGAAACGACGUUAUCUGAUGCGAUUCGAGGAAUAUUAAAAAGCGAACUCGAGCCACAGGACUGGAGAAUACUUGAAAACAUGAGUUUAUUGAACCUCUUUGCCAUAACCAGUGCAUUUCACAACCUCAUUUUUCAUCACCACCACGGAGCAGAUGAUGGAUCAACAUCCUUGCCAAUUACCCGAGGGCUGAGGAACUGGAUGCGGGCCUGGGCUGCUCGAGACCUGGUUCUGCUCGAAGACCAGUCAUCCCACCCUGAACCUUCCGAGGGCGGAGUUAAUAUAGGCUUUUAUCGUUAUACGAGAGAAUACUGGUGCCUGGCUGUCAUCCUGCACAAUCAGUCUGACUAUGCUCGCAGUCUUGGUGUUGAUACCAGUCUCGGAGCGAACAACUUGCCGACGUCGCGAGGUGGGCUUGUAAAUUUUGACAACUCGGAUAUGGGCCAGGUGCACGAGUUGAUCAUUCGAUUUCAAGAUAUGGAUAUCAGAGGGGUGCUAGAACAAUGA